AAAGGUAGCUGCGCUGCUGAAGAAUAAGAAAGAACGGAUAGGUUGGGUGGUGAGGUAGACAAGGUCGCUGGUGAGGAUUCAAGGAGAGAAGCAGAUCAAAGGAAGGUCGUUGGUGAAAGAACGAGGCAGCGCAGGAUUAGAGAAUUGAAGCUGGCGCGAUGAGACGACACUGGGGGAAGAAGGGAAGGGCAAGGCGCAAAGGCAAAAGAGCAGUCGGCAAAAGGAGAUUAGGUGUCUGGCGUUGUCGAAAGAAAGAGGAGAUUUAUUAAUGAGAUUUGAUGGAUAUUGGCUACCACAUACGGGGAUGGCCAGGGACCUUGUAGUCCUUGUGCAGGGCCAUCCACUAUGUCCAGUGGGAAUGCGGACGAAAGUCAGGUACCCGAAGGCAGGGACAACAGUGGGCGAGGUACCUUUCGCCUGUCCUGCCACCUGAAAAGAACCUGGGCGUCGUGGUGGUCCACCAAUGCGGCGAUGCUUGUGGGUGAUGGGGUGGAGUGGCCGCUGUUCUGGGUUAAUAGGCCUCCAGAACACCCCCGUCAUGCAAACGCGCUUUCGCGGCUUUCGCCAGCCAGUCCAGCCCAGUUGGUCUUGACAAUCCAACACAUGCUCCUAAUAAUAUCACAACUAUCGAUUCGGCCACCGACGUCUCUCCACGUUCAUCCGCAUCGUCCGCAUCGUCCGCGUCGUCGUCGUCUGUCGUCCGUGUCUUUCUGGCUUCCCUACAGCACCCGCCACAGCUUCAACUGCCACGGCAACUCGUCCCUAGCACCGCACAUCCUGACGUGUCGCGAGACGGCCUUUGCGCCGUUCGCAUUGGGGGGGCGCGUUAGAAAGAAACCGGACUGCGCGUCGCUGAAGACCCUGGUGCCAGCCGCAUCCUGCAUGGCUGCAGAGAACAUCCAUGCCCUAGAGUGGUGCUAUGUGAUGCGUCCGCCGCAUCUUGACGUCCUUCCGUGCCCGUCAUGCUGGGAAUCCGAUGGGUGUCCCUGCCUCGACUUGAUGCAGCCACCGCCUGGGCCAGCAUGCUGCCCGGGAGUCCUCGACAAACUUUGAUGGGCUCUGAUUCUGCAUUCGUGAUGUUCUCGCGUUCUCAGCUAGGUUGACGUGAACACACAUUGACCAUCUUCCAGACACCACUCCGUCUCCUCGCACGUUCUCUCCACGACAUGAGAUGGCAGGCUGCACGACACUGUCGCUCGACGCUCGGAUGCAGAGAGUUUCCCUGCCAGACGUGCAUGUUUUGACACGG